AUGCUUGCACAACCUGUCCACGUAGUUGAUGUCAUACUUGCACAAACUGUCCACGUAGUUGCUGUCAUGCUUGCACAACCUGUCCACGUAGACGCUGUCAUGCUUGAACCAACUGUCCACGAAGACGCUCUCAUGCUUGAACUAACUGCCCACGUAGUUGCUGUCAUGCUUGCACUAACUGUCCACGUAGUCGCUGUUAGGCUUGUACAAACUGUCCACGAAGACGCUGUCAUGCUUGCACAACCUGUCCACGUAGACGCUGUCAUGCUUGCACCAACUGUCCACGAAGACGCUGUCAUGCUUGAACUAACUGCCCACGUAGUUGCUGUCAUGCUUGCACUAACUGUCCACGUAGUCGCUGUUAGGCUUGCACAAACUGUCCAUGUAGUUGCUGUCAUGCUUGCACAACCUGUCCACGUAGACGCUGUCAUGCUUGCACCAACUGUCCACGAAGUUGAUGUCAUACUUGCACUAACUGCCCACGUAGUUGCUGUCAUGCUUGCACAACCUGUCCACGUAGACGCUGUCAUGCUUGCACCAACUGCCCACGUAGUUGCUGUCAUGCUUGCACAACCUGUCCACGUAGACGCUGUCAUGCUUGCACCAACUGUCCACGAAAAUGAUGUCAUACUUGCACAACCUGUCCACGUAGACGCUGUCAUGCUUGCACCAACUGUCCACGAAGUUGAUGUCAUACUUGCACUAACUGCCCACGUAGUUGCUGUCAUGCUUGCACAACCUGUCAACGUAGACGCUGUCAUGCUUGCACCAACUGUCCACGAAGUUGAUGUCAUACUUGCACAAACUGUCCACGUAGUUGAUGUCAUGCUUGCACAAACUGUCCACGUAGACGCUGUCAUACUUGCACAACCUGUCCACGUAGACGCUGUCAUGCUUGCACCAACUGUCCACGAAGACGCUGUCAUGCUUGAACUAACUGCCCACGUAGUUGCUGUCAUACUUGCACAACCUGUCCACGUAGACGCUGUCAUGCUUGCACCAACUGUCCACGAAGACGCUGUCAUGCUUGAACUAACUGCCCACGUAGUUGCUGUCAUACUUGCACAAACUGUCCACGUAGACGCUGUCAUACUUGCACAAACUGUCCACGUAGACGCUGUCAUACUUGCAAAAACUGUCCACGUAGACGUUGUCAUACUUGCACCAACUGUCCACGAAGACGCUGUCAUGCUUGAACUAACUGCCCACGUAGUUGCUGUCAUACUUGCACAAACUGUCCACGAAGUUGAUUUUAUACUUGCACCAACUGUACACGUAGACGCUGUCAUACUUGCACCAACUGUCCACGAAGACUCUGUCAUGCUUGAACUAACUGCCCACGUAGUUGCUGUCAUACUUGCACAAACUGUCCACGCAGUUGAUGUCAUACUUGCACCAACUGUCCACGUAGACGCUGUCAUACUUGCACCAACUGUCCACGUAGACGCUGUCAUGCUUGCACAACCUGUCCACGUAGACGCUGUCAUACUUGCACCAACUGUCCACGUAGACGCUGUCAUGCUUGCACCAACUGUCCACGAAGUUGAUGUCAUACUUGCACAAACUGUCCACGUAUUUGCUGUCAUGCUUGAGCUAACUGACCAAUAA